GCUUGCGCCGCGUUGCUAGCUUUUUUGUUUUGCUGGUAUGUAAACAAACCUGCCGUAAACAAACAACCAACCCAGUUUUGGUCAAACAAAAUUGAACACUUUUGCUGAAUUUUCUUGAUAAUUUGACGAAAGAAACGCGUGUAGUGGUCGUUUCUGAGCUUUUGGGAAAAGUAUAUAACUGUUUUGUGUACAUUUUAGGGAAUUCCGUUCUGGGACUACUUCCGUCACUACUUGUAUUCGCUAUCAACGAGGACUUUUGCUUUCGUCCUUGACUAUAAUGCAGAACUCAAAAUUAAAUACAUAUUCAGACUACAGUGACUUGGCAGACGGUUUUGACCAUCUACAAUUGUCACAUUCAAAGUCGCCCCGGAAGGAAAAUGCUACAGCUUCACUUUUAGAGAAGCCGAAAACGCUUCUUCACAAGCUCUCACAAAUGAAUUUGGGUAGCAGCAAUGGAAAGCCCGCGUUCAUGGGUACUCAUUAUAAAAGUCAUAUUGGUGGAAUUCCGAAACACAAUAUCUCAAGUCCCUUCGGCUCUGUACCUGCUUCUCCUACGCGGCCUGAAGCCUUUCCAGCUUUAAGUCUUCAGGAAGUGGAGAAAAUGUCUUCUGCCAAGGUACGCAGAAUGGCAAUUAUUUGUCAGAUGUUCUUUCUGGAUCAUUACUUUGAUCAGCUGCAUUAUUUACAUAACCGGAAGCAACGCUACGCUAUGUUUCAGAAGCAACUUAAAAAGGAGCCUUCCGAUAUGUGGAAGGACUUGGAGUUGCGGUAUCGUGGACGAGAACGUGCUUAUUUGCGUAAACGUCGGGUUCGUGUGUGUCACGGUGACUUCCAAACCAUUACACAGGUUGGUCAAGGUGGUUAUGGUUCGGUUUGGUUGGCCCGAAAGAACGAUACGAAGGAGAUCGUUGCUCUUAAAGUCAUGAGUAAAGCCGUCCUGCAAAAAACUGACGAGGUUCGUCAUGUUUUGACUGAACGUGAUAUUCUCACCAAUGCCAACUCGCCCUGGCUUGUAAAGCUGUUGUAUGCUUUUCAAGAUCCUGACAAUAUUUACCUUGCUAUGGAGUUUGUUCCCGGAGGUGAUUUCCGAACGCUUCUCAGCAACAGUGGUGUGUUACGAGACCAUCAUGCCAAGUUCUAUGCUACAGAGAUGUUUUUGGCUGUUGAUGCCUUGCACCAAUUAGGUUACAUUCAUCGUGAUUUGAAACCAGAGAACUUUUUAGUUGAUGCUACUGGUCACAUCAAGCUUACCGAUUUUGGUUUGAGUUCGGGUUUCUUGAGCAAGCGUAAAAUUGAAAGUAUGAAGGUCAAGCUGCAAGAGGUCAAGCACAUCGCUGUGCCUGAACGUACAAUGCAUGAAAGACGUCAAGUGUUUCGCACACUUCUGGCACAAGAUCCUGUGUAUGCUCACUCGGUUGUCGGCUCUCCUGACUAUAUGGCACCCGAGGUGUUACGUGGUGAAAACUAUAAUUACACUGUUGAUUAUUGGUCUUUGGGUUGUAUACUCUAUGAAUGUCUUUCUGGUUUCCCUCCAUUUUCGGGAUCCAAUGUUAAUGAGACUUGGUCGAAUUUGAAGAAUUGGGAAAAAUGUUUCCAACGUCCACACUACACUGACCCCCGUGACCUUGAAUUUAACUGGGAGGACGACGCAUGGGAUUUCGUGUGCACUUGCAUUACCGAUGCAUCCUCUCGCAUUCGCAACAUUAAGCAAGUUAAGGCUCAUCCUUACUUCGGUAAUGUCGAUUGGGAGAAUGUGCGCACCGUGUAUCGACCUCCCUUUAUUCCUGAUCUCAAUUCAGAAAUGGAUGCUGGAUACUUCGAUGAUUUCACCAACGAAAACGAUAUGACGAAGUACAAGGAAGUCCACGAGAAACAAGCUGCUAUUGCUCGCAUGUCCAAUACCCUUUCUCGUCCAAAACGAAAUGCAUUCAUUGGCUUUACCUUCAAGCAUCAAAAGAAUCUCUCACCUACAAGUUCUACUACAGGGGCUCACACAGAAAACACAUUCGGAACUAUUCUGUAAGAAGACAUUUGUACUCGUUAUUCCUCUUUAUUUAAAAGAAAAAAAAAACGUUUUUAUGAAUUGUGUUGUUAUGAAAUAAUCUUAAGAAGUGUCUUCAAGAAAUUCUAGGGAAUCUUGUAUAUCUUGUAUUGGUGAAUAAGUCUUUGUUGCGUCGACUGGCUAGACUUUGGAAACUAUGAAGUGAAGGAUAAUAAGAAGCGGACUCGAAGCGUAUAACGGGAAGUUGUAUAAAGGUUCUCAGAACUUGAUGCUCUGCCGGACAGUUGUAACAGCGAGAAUACCCAAGACUAUACGAUCUCCAUUUCACAGAAAUAAGUUUGAAUGUGUCAAAAUAACAAAAAAAAGAAAAAAAAAGAAACCUAUUAAUCUUUGCUAAUCUUGUUUUAAUAAUUUGCUAUGCCACAGAGGUAUACGACCUGAUAAUAUCACUUUAGUUCAACCCAUACGAGCAAGAGUCAAGGUCUAAGAUGAGAAUGACAGAAACAAGUUUGCUUUUUUUCUGGUUUUGUCAUUCUUUUAACUAAGAAAUCUAUGGAAAACUGUAUAUAAAAUUUAUAAAUAUAGAGGCAAAAUAAACAUGAAUUAUAUUUCCAAAGA